AUCUUUGCUGAUGUUCAGUGUCAUUUUUUAGUGCAGAAUAUCACCACAUUACCGCGGGCGUAAAAAAUACGACGGAAAACUUUACAAAAUCGACUAUAAGUGCAGUGGAAUAAGUGAUAUUCAAUUAGUGGGUCUUACAAGAGUGCUUCAUUUGAGUUUCAUUAUUUAUGUUUGAAAUGCCCUUUAGAGGUUCUAGAUUCCGCGGCUUCCCAUUUGAUGAGGAGGAGGGCAGCGGCGCGUGGAGCGAGCUAGCGGCGCGGCACCCGGACAUUGCGGCGCGGCUCCGGCAGCGGCCCGCCACGUGGGCCAGGAAGCGCAGGCCCUCCAGCCAGGACGCGACUGACGAUUUCGGAGACAGUUUCGGCGGCUUCGACAGAUUCCCCUUCGACGACAUCCCGCCAGAGUUCAGAGAGCACUUCCCGUCACAUUGGAACAGGAGGUUCGGUUCCCGGGAGGAACAACCGCCUUCACCGCCACAACCGCAGUCGCCCCCGCAGCAGACCGCCGCCACCCAGACUGAACAGAACCCCGGACCCUCACAGACAGAAGAAGAGCAGCAGCUACCACAAUACGGAUUAAGGAACACGGUCGAUCUCGGCCAAAAGAGCCCAGCUGAUCCCAGUCUGGUUGAUGGUGAAGACAGAACACACAGGUCGAUGUCAGCGCCGCCCGACAACAGAUCAGCGAACAGCAGAAUGAGCGGACACCCGCAGGAACACUCGCCCCAGCAGGAGCAAUCCUCUAACGUUAGACACAUACCGAUUUUCGUGGAAGGCAGAGACGAGCCAGUGAUAAAUAAGAACGUCGAUCAUGGAACUCACUUCGGUGAGACAAAGCAGACCUACGUGCCACCUCCCCCGAAACCUCACGUAGAUAGAGAACAGUAUUUCGCCGAUGACACUCCGCACGGCUUCCACCACCCGCCAAAUUUCUCCAGAUCCUUCGCCACGCCGUUCAACAAAGGCUUCAGGCAGGGACCGCAGCCGUUCUCUCAACAGAAGAUGUACCCACAGAACGCGUUCGCUCGAGGCGCGUCGCCGCAGAGGUCGCAAUCUCCCAAACCGCAGAUGCAUCCCGAGGAGCAUUUCGUUAAAGUGCCCGUGUAUCACGACCAGGCGGCACCUCCGUCCAAGCCCCAGCCGAAACAGCCCUCGCCCCAACCGAAGCAGCCCUCGCCCCAAAGAGCCACGCAGUCCCCGCCGCAGCACCCCGCGCCGCCGAAGACUCCGCCCCAGGCCCCUCCACAGGCGCCGCCAAAACCUGCCGCCAACGACCCCAUCACUAUGAUCCUCAGUAUUCAAACCGACGUCCUCAACCUCAUGACUGAGGUCGAAAACUUUACUGGCACCAAAAAAGACAAAAAGUACAUAUACCUAGAUGAGAUGCUGACCAGGAAUCUCAUUAAAUUAGACAACAUAGAAACGGACGGCAAGGAGAACAUUCGGCAGGCGAGGAAGGAGGCGAUCAAGUGUAUCCAAAAAUGUAUAGCUGUGUUAGAAGCCAAAGCCGAAAAGGGUAACGCGACUCCACAGCCGCAAGACGUAGAAAUGCAAGCUGCAGAUGAAAAGGCGGCUGAACAAGAAUCUGUACAAAAUGGUGACGUAGAAAUGAAAGAGGAGAACAAAGAAGUCAAAGAGGAAGCUAAAGUAGAACAGCCAGCACAGGAAAUGCCGGAAAAUACAGAAACGGCCAAUACUGAGGCUGCAAAACCUUUAGAAGCUGAAAACAAGCCAGAUGCUGAUAAAUCUGAGCCUUCAGCGGAACCUGCUGCGACUGAUAAUAAACAAGAACCAGCUAAAGUUGACGCUGAAUCGGUUAAAAAUGAAACAACACAACCUCAAGUGGCGGACACACGGCCGAAGGACACCAAAACUCCCGAACCCGAAACAAAGCCGACUGAACAGAAGGAAGCUGAAAAGAAAAGUCCCAAAAAGGUCACGAAAGUCGUGAAGAAACGCGACAAGAGCAAAGACAAGAACGUCAAAGACGCCAAAGAGACGGCGAACCAGGAAACGGCGAAAGAUAACAAAGAAACGGAGAAAAUUAACGUAGAUAUCGAAAAAGAUAGCAAUAAGCAAGAAAAUGUAGAUAAAAUAGAGACGAUGCAAGUGGACGCUAAGGGGGACAAGGAAACGAUGGAAGUCGACGGUGCUGCUAGUCAAUAAAAUUAGUUUGCGUUAGAGAAUUUGUGUAGAUACAAGAAUACGCGCACGGUCCAUCUAUUCACCGUCUGCCGUCGCUUGACACAAGUGUUGCAACUUUAUGUUUGUAAAUUAUAAGUUUUUAUUAUUGUGACGCAGAUGCUGUCCGCUAGGAUUCGAUGGUCUCCUGUUAUUUAAAUCCUUAUAUUUAAUAAUUUAUUGUUUAUCGUACGUGAUAACAACAUUUUCUCAAUAAACUAUAAAUUUGCA